UCAAAGACAGCGCAUGUGAAUAGAAGCUGUGAGCUAAAUUGCUAUAAGUAUUAAUUAACAGCAUAGACACCCUCUAGUUCCGGCCAGUUUAGUCUCCACCUCCGUGUAAAGACAAUCUUAGCAUGAAAUUCAACCCUUUUAGGAUUACGUGUUGGGUUUUGAUUGGUUAGCUCGUUGAACUAAUGACUUCUUAAGUUUGCUUUGGUGUCCCUUUCCUCUGUGUUGUUGCUUUGAUCACUCUUUUUCUACAUUCUCUAACAUUUUCAUCUCAACUGCCUCAGAUCUGAUCUGUGAUCCAUAACCAUGGCUCCUGAAAAGGUGACCAUCAUGAAACUCAAGGUUGACCUUGAAUGUAACAAAUGCUACAAGAAGGUUAAGAAGCUUCUCAGCAAAUAUCCUCAAAUUCGAGACCAGAAGUUCGCCGAGAAGGAAAACAUUGUGAUCAUCACAGUGGUGUGUUGUAGCCCGGAGAAGAUUAGGGACAAGCUUUGCUACAAAGGUGGGGGUUCCAUCAAGAGCAUUGAGAUUGUGGAACCGCCCAAGCCCGAGAAGAAGAAGGAACCUGAAAAGCCCAAGGCUGAGCCUGAGAAAAAGAAAGAGCCGGAGAAGCCUAAAGCAGAGCCCCCUAAGAAGGAUGCUGAUAAGCCCAAAGCUGAGCCUGAGAAAAAGAAGGAGGCCGACAAGCCCAAGGCCGAGCCCGAAAAAAAGAAGGAGGCUGAUAAGCCGAAACAGGAGGCUCCUAAAGCAGACAAGCCCAAAGACAAGCCCGCACCUGCUCCGAUACCCGUGCAGCCUCAGGUUCCACCACCGAUGGCUGUCCCGGUUGGGAUGUGCGUUCCAUGCUAUGAUGGUAGGCCUGUUGGGCCAUGCUACGAAUAUGGUGGGCCCGUGCUCUAUUACGACGGGUACUAUGCCAGGCCCGUUUAUGACAGCUACGGUGGAGGGAGACCCUAUUAUGUUAGCCGGUGUGAUCAAUAUUUCAGCGAUGAAAACCCAACUGGGUGCACAAUUAUGUGAUAAUUACAUCCACUGCAUUGCAUUAUUGGAUCUGUAAAUGGUGGCCAUGCACGUUCUCUCCAUGUUCAAUCAACUAUUUCUUUGUUUUUGUUAUUUAAAUUUCAUCGGUGUUAGGAUAGAAAAAAAUGAAAUGAGGAAAACAAAAUAAAGGUUGUUUAGAGGGUUAAAUGGUAAUACAAUGUUAUGAUGUUUCCUUUUAUGUUUGAUAAGUUAAUAAAGUUUCUUUACAC